AUUUGGCAGGUGAGAAGGAUCUUAUCUUAUAUAGGAAGGAUUUGAGAAUCCAAACAUAUCUGGAAAUUGUAAAGUACUAUCAAACCCUAACCACCAAAUAUACUUUGAUUUCCUUGUUACACUAUCUUUGUCAACCCCACAAAGAUAGUAUACACUAAUCCUAAUCUAAGUUGGUCUUUUGGUUUUGAUCUACAAAUAAUUUCCUCCCAUCAUGAAAACAACCUCAGAAAUUAGAAGAUUCAUUACAAAUUGCAUGAUCCUUUGUGUGUGAAAUAGUAGAGUAAGUGGAAGUGGAUAUUAUAGGAUUAUAGCAUGGAAGAAAACAAGAAGUGGAUGCAUAAAGAGACUGAAAGACAAAGAAGACAAGAGAUGGCUAACCUCUGCACCAACCUUAGAUCUCUUCUUCCUUUAGAGUAUAUUAAGGGAAAGCGCUCGAUUUCGGAUCAUGUGAAUGAGGCUAUGAAUUACAUCAACCACCUACAAACCAAGGUAAAGCAGUUAGAAGCUAAGAAGGAAGAGUUAACGAAGAAGAUGUCUAGUUUGAAUACAAAUGUCCCUCAAAAUGACUCUAGUAGUAGUUCUACCAAUCUUCAACCUUGUGUUAUUGUUCAACCUUUCCCUGGAGGAAUUGAGAUUGUGUGCAGUUACAGCUUCAACAAGUGUUUGUUUCCUUUGUCAAAAGUGCUUUUCGUGGUGAUUAAUGAAGGGCUUAAUGUUAUAAGCUGUACUUCCAACACAAUAGAUGGCAGAUUCAUAUACACCAUACGAUCUGAGGAUCCGACAAUGACUGGCAUUGAUUACUCUGAACUGCAAAGAAAGCUUACAGAAGCAAUAUCAUCUUCAAGUUUACCAGAGAGUUCAUCAGAACCAGAAAAUUGGCAAUAUCUUGAGAAAAAUGUAUAUUUUGAAAGCUUCUGAUAUCUUAUCAUAUUUGUGCACUAGUGUUUUCUAAUCAGAAGCUAGCAUGAUGAAGAUUAAAAUUCGCAGUGGCAUGCAUGCAAUACUCGUCGAACUAAUUCAUAUCGUUUUCAUUAGAAGUUAGAAACAAGCUAGUCAUUCAAAAAGUCCAUGUUGAUGUUCAAUGUAUUGAUUGAUAAUACAUGUAUUUUAUGCGUUUACGUAAUUAUCUUCUAUAGUAAUUAUCUUCAGGUGGAGAAAAGUCUUUCAUUGUUCACGAGAAACCUGUUGUUUCUAAUUUCCUUUCGGUCAUUCAAGGUCAUACAAAUUCCUUGAAUUGAGACAAGUGGAAUUGCAAGUUUGUUAGGAUGGUAUUUUCUCAGUGUCGAUGCUUAUCAUGCUCUUUUAGCUACUUCUAAUUCUUCCAAUACCUCUUACUCUACUAGUUAUUCCUCUUGUAAACAUUUUUAUAGCCACCACAAGAUCGUUUGGUCAGUGAAAAUCAUCUUCAUAAAUAUCUUUGUUCUUC